UUAAGCUUGGGACAAUAAAUAAUUCUAUGAGUUCAAAAGAACCAAGAGAGCCAAAACCUAUUCUUAAUUCGUUGAAUAUACUUCAACUUAUUAGAACUGCUCAACAAAAGCAUGGGCUUCGUCAUGAAAACUAUCAACGUUAUAGGGGUUAUUGUGCAAGGAGAGUGGAGCGAAUCAGAAAGUCCUUAAAAUUCACUCAUCACUACAAAUGUCUGCCAAAGCGUUCAGGAAAAUUUAUAGCAAGAACUGUUACAUCAGAUCUUGUUGGCGAUAAAAGAUAUUUAGAACUUAUUGUUUUCGAAAUUGAACGAUGUUGGGCUCAUGCUAUGGAAUUCAAAUUUGAAGCUCUCGAUGAUCCCUUAUCGCGUAAAAAAUUUGGAAUGCGACAAAAAUUUCGUAAAGCAGCAAAAUGGGCACAAUUUUUGAGUGGAUUAAUUAAAGACAAUGAAUUGGUUGAAGAGGUCACAAAAUUGGAGUCACGGGCCUAUAUUUCUUUCAUCCAAGGGAGUCUUGAAUUGGAACUUAGAAACUGGAAGGAAGCUGCCGAGCAAUUUGAUGCUUCAAGAAUUGCAUAUACAGCUCUUUUUGAACAACUGAACGAGCCGUCUUUUUCUGAAAUUUACUUGACAAAAUGCCGCGAAGUUGAAAAUCUUUUAAAAUUAUGUCGGAGUGAAUCAGGUGACGCAAGUGUUUUGAUCUCUACUGUUAGUUCUAUGCAAUUAAAUGCUUCAGAGAAUGAGCAGAUGGAUGUUGAUAACGAGAAGCCUACUCAACCUUUAAAGACAAAAAAGAAACAAAAAUUUGGAGGAAAGCCUGCUCCUGUUGACCCUUUAUUUAUUGAUUUGGCACGUAAUCAUCUUGACAUUAAGCCUUUUAAUAAACCCUCUGAUGCUUCUAAAUGGUUGGGGUGCAGGCGUGUUUAA